AUAAACGUGGUUCGGGAUUCACCUCCCACUCGGUAGUGCUGAGUGAGCUUCGACUGGCGGUGAGAUCAACUCGAAGGCUCUCCAACAAGUUCAGAGCGACCACGAGUGGAGAGACGAGAUGGAACGCCUUGCCGCUGCUAUUGCUUUGCUUCUGUUGUCGGUGGUGGUGCUCGUGCAUGGCUCACCCAGCUUGGACGACCAGCGGGUGACAUGCACUCUGCCUGCGAAGUCUGGAGACUGCCGUGCCGCCUUCCCACGGUACUUCUUUAACCGCAGCACCCUCCGCUGUGAGUCCUUCAUCUACGGAGGAUGCCAUAGCAAUGAGAACAACUUCGAGACGAUGCAGGAGUGCCGUGCGGCAUGCAGCUUCAUCAAAAAAAUUCCCAAGCUUUGCCGACCAGACGCAGAGACGGGACGCUGCCGAGCACACAUUACCCGCUACUUCUAUAACAUGACAUUGGGCAUGUGCAUGCCCUUUGUAUAUGGAGGCUGCGGUGGCAACAGUAACCGCUUUGAAGACAAAGAGUCCUGCGUCUUUUCUUGCAUUGAGAAGCCCAACACCCCCCGGGAAUGUCUGAGCCGACAUGAUACUGGAGAAUGCCAAGGAAAUUUCCGCCGCUUCUACUACAACAUCCAGAAGCGCUCUUGUCUUCCAUUUAAUUACUCGGGCUGUGGCGGCAACAACAACAACUUCAUCAGUGCCAAGACCUGCUUGUCAACUUGUCUCAGUGAUAAGAUCCAAGUCAACAACGAAAACAGCAACACAAUUAAAGAUAUCUUCACAUAAACACAUGUUUAACAGAACAUACGAUGGAUAGUAACUCUUGCUUUUUUGGAUCAGCAUUACUACAUUGAGAAAUGCACAAUUUCCAUUUAAUGUAAAUGACUUUUCUGAACAAUAUUUUUCGACAAAAGUAUAUUACUGCAAGCACGUAUUCUGUCAACCCAACAACUUUAUAAAAAUCAGUAUGAAACGUUGAAGUGGCUAUCAAUUUUUUUGUACAGUUUGUAUGUGCAUGUAAAGAAUACCUAAUUGAUGAAUAAGACUACACAAAUAGGCAAUCCCAAAUCACUUGACAAGAGUUGAAGUAACGAGUGCAAUGGGAAUGUUGUGCACAUUUUUUUAAGUUCCAAUUUACCAUUAAUAUUGCAUCGAAGAGUCUUUUUUUUAUCAGCAGAUGCCUUUAAUGGCACUUAUUUCUACCAUAAAGAGGCUUCAAUUGUAACUAACCUUGUGAAAGUAGCAACCUUUCAUUCAAUGUUAUGGUUCUUACAUUACUGCCAAUAGCAACUGCAGUAGAUACAUUUGCAGGUAAUACAUUCAUAUAUACUUUUUGUCGUAACUGCUGAGCUUGGUUGCCCUGUUAUACCGUGACUGUUGUGUGAGUUUUAGGAUUUUGUAUAACAGAUGGGUUUAAUUUACUGUACCACAUUAUUCACAACUAUCGAUGAGGAAGUAAGACAGAUUAUGAAGUGUAAGUUUAUAGCUGUGUUGGUGAGGAGUGUUGGAAAAUAUUGUAAUGUCCACUUUACUUAUUUUUUUAAACUUAACUUAAUUACUGAAGUUAUUUAGAUUAUUUAUUACACUACCAUUAUAGAAUACACUUAUUUAUAGAUAUGAGUCAUUUCAUAGCUAUUAAACACAAAAACUUUUUGAGAAAUGUAAUGUUGUAAUUUUAAAGUUGAAUAUGCUGUACAUGAUCAGGGGGUUAAAAUCAUGAAAUGAAAGUUAUCACAUUGUGUAUGUAUGUUUAUAUAUACACACAUCCAGUGUAACUUUAUUGCAAAUAAAAGGUGACAACGCUC